GUGUACCUGUGACCCCAAGCCAUGUCCUGCUGCCAGCCCUGCAACCCCUGUGGCCAGUCCUGUGGCCCCACUCCACUGGCCAACAGCUGCAAUGAGUGCUGUGUCAGGCAGUGCCAGGACUCCCAUGUGGCCAUCCAGCCCUCACCUGUGGUGGUGACCCUGCCUGGCCCCAUCCUCAGCUCCUUCCCACAGAACACCGCCGUGGGAUCCUCCACCUCUGCUGCUGUUGGCAACAUCCUCAGCUGUGGCGGAGUGCCCAUCAACUCUGGCGGCUUUGACCUCUCCUGCAUCACCAACUGCUAUGGUGGCAACAGAUGUCGUCCCUGCUAAAGUUGCCUAAAGUUUUUAGGCAAGAACCUCCACAACCUCAGAACCUGGAUCUGGGCAGGAGAUAGAGCUUUAAGACAUUGUAUUUAGUGUCUGAGCCAUUGCUCCCUUCUACUUUUUUUUUGUCUUUCCCUUGCUCUCCGUGUCUCCCCAGGCCAGCCUAGGGGGAAGUGUUGCCCUCUCUCCCUCUUUCAGGCAAGCAGAUGACACCCUGCAGGAGCUUCACUGCAUCUUAGUGGCUGCUCCUGGUGCUGUUUGUGAGCCACCUCUGUUUCUACCUUACAUUCAUUAAAGUUGUUUUGCAUCCAA